AUGAGGCGGCGGCUUCCGAGUCUCUCCGAUCCUCCAAGUCCCUCCGGUAGUCCAAGUCUCUGCAGUUCCCCAAGUCCUGCCCGUGCCGUUAGCCCAUCGCGUGAUUCCUCCAUCCGUGAUUACAUUAGACGCGAUGACACUGGACGUGAUUACUACCACCGCGACCGUCAGUGCACAAGACGUGACUCUGCCGAAAUCUACGACAGCUCUGAACGGGGCGGAUACCAGCGAAGAAGCUCGCGGUACGAACCAGCUAGACGACGGCAGGAGAGACGACCGGCAAAGGGACCGCUUGCCCGAAGGGAGCACAGCCCUGGCUGGCCUCCUCGAAACCAAGACCCCAGGCUGCCUGGAAGCCCGUGUCUGCCAAGUUCCGAAAUCACAACGACACAUAGAUCUGUUUUAAGUCGUAAGGACAGCGAUGAGGAAGCUCACGAGGAUGGCCGGUACAGAGAUGACCGGUAUGCGGGUGACCGGCACAAACCCUUUAGGGACAAACCCCUCAGGGACAAACAUUCUAUGGACGAACCGUCUACUCUCAAGUCCAGGUUUGGAGUUGAGAGGUUUCGAGACGAGCAUGGGCGGUUCCCAGACGACAGUGACCGGCGCAAAGCUGAGCGGCCGAAGUACGAUCCCGGGUCUCGGAAGGACCCCGGAUCUAGGGAGGACCCCGGAUCUAGGGAGGACCCCGGAUCUAGGGAGGACCCCGGAUCUAGGGAGGGCGGAGUUCAGGCGGAUUUGGAGUUGUUGGAGAGGUUGGAGCGUCAGCGGAAGCGGGAAGUUAUUCGCGAGGCGAGAUUGGAGCGUGCCCGAUUGAAGCAUCGAAGACCUCGGACAACGGGUCGUGAUAUAAGCGAAAAAAUUGCACUGGGUCAAGCAGCACCAACGCAUCAGGAAACGUUAUUUGACGCGAGAUUAUAUAACCGGGAUGACUACACGGGUCCGCAGGUCCUCGACCCUGAAGAGUCCGAGUACCGAAUAUACGAUACUACUCUUUUCAAUCCUCAUAAAGGUAGUGGUCUAUAUCAUUAUGACGCUGAACGAAUCAAGCAGAACGUUCCGGACUACGAACCCCCUGCACAGUAA